CAUCAUUGUCAAUAAGAUACAGAAGUUAACAUGAAGACUAUAAUUUAUUUGUUUUUGGUUCAUUAUUUUACAAUAAGAGCAUUAGCAGAGACGAACGAAAUUACAGAGAAAAAUGAAACAAAACUAUUUGAUGAGAACGCGGACAUUGAAAAGCCUCCGAAAUUAAACAUAAAAUAUUAUUAUGAAAGCCAUUGCCCUUACUGCAGGAAUUUCGAGACAGAUCAUUUUAAACAAAUUAUUGAAAAGCUACAUGACUAUUUGGAUAUUCAAACAUAUCCAUAUGGAAAUGUUAAUAGAUUACAUCUACCAAAUAAUACAUUUGAAUAUGCGUGUCAACAUGGGCCUGAGGAAUGUUAUGGUAAUAAAUUGCAUGCCUGUGCUUUAGAUGUAAUUAAAAACCAUACUGCUGCUCUACUGUUUAACAAUUGUUUGAUGGACAUAUCACAAGAAAACAAGGGUUCUGAUGAUAAAGCUGCUGACAAGUGUGCCUCUAACAUGGGAUACGAUUCAAAUGUAAUAAAAGAAUGUGCCCUUGGAGAAAAGGGCAGUGAACUUUUUAAUUACUACGGAGAGGAGACAAGUAAACAUAAAAUACGUGGUGUACCAAAAAUAUGGAUAAAUGGGUCAAAAUAUGAAAGAAGUCACGACGUUAUGGGAGAUAUUUGUAAAUAUUUUCUGAACCCUAUACCACCUUGUGAAAAUUAUGAUAGCACGAAAAAUGAUGAAGAAAACGAUAAAUAAAUCACUAUUUAUUUAAUUAAUUGAAUUAUUAU